AUGGAUGAACAUAAUAACAACAUCAUGGCUCGAGACCAUUUGCACAACUACAUGUCUCCAGAGUACAGGACUUCUGCUUAUCAGAACUCUCAGAACAACAUACUUGCGAGAUUAAGUCGUGUACGGCACGAGCGAACAUUUCGAUCGGACAUUGACCAUGUCCUUGCUCGCUCUCCAUAUUCUGGCGUCGCGGACGACUUGUCAGCGAUGAACAUGAGGGAUUCCAACAGCUUUCCGGGCCAUAGGUAUGGGAAUGGAUACGGGUACGGCAGUGGCUUCAGCGCUCCUGCCAUGCCACCACCGGAUUCCUCUGAGGACGAUCUUGCUGCACAGGAUUUAGAUGCAAACCCGUUCGGAGAAGAUGAAAACUACGAGCUUGAAAGUGAUGACUCUGCUGAGAGCAUCGAGUUUCAAGACAGUUCGUUUAGAUCAUUCGAGCACCCACGGGACAGAGAUGGCGCAGGGAGCCUGGAUUUUCCUAUCAUUACGAGUGGGAGAUCCAUAGACAGUCAUGUCCUCAGAAACUCUCCAGAGCUCCAGGAGGAGUUCACUCGUGGGAGGAGGGACGUGCACAUGGUUCUUCCUUCGAGAGCGUAUGAAGCUGUUUCGCUCCCUGGACCAAACGUGAGUGCUCAUAACCUCGACGGUCUCGGUUCUUUUUCUGGGAAUCAAGAUGCAGUCACGAUUACUCUUCAAACGGUCGCGGGUGGACAAAUGGUCCAAGUCUCGACUACUCUGCGAGGAGAAGAGCUCGCAAAGCGUGUUGCCAGGCGAACUUGUGAACUCCUGCGAGCUUGUGGGAUAGCAGUCAACUCAGACCGGAUCGAAUCCAACGAUACUCUCGCGCUCGCAGAAUCGAAUACACCGGAGUUGAUUCUUUCGGAUUUCGAGGAGCGAACAGCCAUGAGACUUGCUGAACGAGUUCGCUCAUCACUUCAUUCGAGAUACGCAAGUCGCGUACCAGCAGAAGAAAAUGAAGAGGAUGAAGAUGACGGUGACGACCGCUGGAGAGAUGCGGCGAUCGUGCACGACGACAGGAUGUGGCGAGCAGAUCGAGGAUUCGAGACUGACCAUCACGACGUGCGGAGGUCUUUGAGCCCGAACAAGGAUGUUGGUUCCAUGUUUCGUAAGAAGUCAGAGCCCUUGUUAACGUGGCAGGAUAGACGAGAUCAUCCGGCCAUCAAAUUUGGUUUGCCUCAUCGGUCGUUUUGA